AUGCAGCCCGCCAUGAUGAUGUUCUCCAGCAAGUACUGGGCGCGCCGGGGCUUCUCGCUGGACUCGGCCCUGCCGGAGGAGCGCCCCGCCGCCGGCAGCCUCACCCUAAACAGAUCAAGUUCUGGGAAAAAUGAGGAGAAGAAAGGGAAUAAGGGAAAUGGGAAAAGUGAAUCUGCAUCUGAAGGUGGAAAGACAGCUGUGGUGUUUUCCUUGAAGAAUGAAGUUGGUGGAUUGGUGAAAGCUCUCAGACUCUUCCAGGAAAAACAUGUGAGUAUGGUUCAUAUUGAAUCACGAAAAUCAAAGAGAAGGAAUUCAGAGGUGGAAAUUUUUGUGGACUGUGACUGCAGUAAGAAAGAAUUUAAUGAACUGAUCCAGUUGCUCAAGUUUCAAACUAAUAUAGUAUCUCUCAAUCCACCGGAAAACAUCUGGACUGAUGAAGAAGAUCUCGAUUGUGUCCCUUGGUUCCCCAGGAAGAUCUCUGAGUUAGACAAAUGCUCUCAGAGAGUUUUGAUGUAUGGAUCUGAGCUGGAUGCUGAUCACCCUGGAUUUAAAGACAAUGUCUAUCGACAGAGAAGAAAGUACUUUGUGGAUGUUGCCAUGAGCUAUAAAUAUGGUCAGCCCAUUCCAAGAGUGGAGUACACAGCUGAAGAAGUUAAAACUUGGGGGGUGGUAUUUAGGGAGCUCAGUAAACUCUAUCCCACCCAUGCUUGUCGUGAAUAUUUAAAAAACUUUCCUCUGCUGAGCAAGUACUGUGGCUACAGAGAAGAUAACGUGCCUCAGUUGGAAGAUGUUUCUGUUUUUCUUAAAGAAAGGUCUGGCUUCACAGUGAGACCAGUUGCUGGGUACCUGUCUCCCCGAGACUUUUUGGCUGGCUUAGCCUACAGAGUCUUUUACUGCACUCAGUACAUCCGGCACGGCUCAGAUCCCCUCUACACACCAGAACCGGAUACAUGCCAUGAACUCUUGGGACAUGUGCCUCUGCUUGCUGAUCCCAAAUUUGCACAGUUUUCACAAGAGAUAGGACUUGCUUCACUGGGAGCAUCUGAUGAAGAUGUUCAGAAAUUAGCCACUUGCUAUUUCUUUACAAUUGAAUUUGGCCUUUGCAAGCAAGAAGGACAACUGCGUGCUUAUGGGGCAGGACUUCUGUCUUCUAUUGGAGAGUUAAAGCAUGCUCUCUCUGACAAGGCCAAUGUGAAAACAUUCGAUCCAAAGACAACCUGUUUGCAAGAAUGCCUUAUCACUACUUUCCAGGAAGUUUACUUUGUUUCAGAGAGUUUUGAAGAGGCCAAAGAAAAGAUGAGGGACUUUGCCAAAUCAAUCAAUCGUCCCUUCUCUGUGUACUUCAAUCCAUAUACGCAAAGCAUUGAGAUUCUGAAGGAUACCAGGAGUAUAGAAAAUGUUGUCCAGGACCUCCGCAGUGAUCUAAACACUGUAUGUGAUGCUUUAAGCAAAAUGAACAGAUAUUUAGGGAUUUGA